UCACGCUUUCUAAUAUCUUGUUCCGUGUGGUAGCAUCAUUGCAAUAGCCAAGAGAAGGGAAAAGUGGGAACACACAGAAAGAGAGAGAGAGAGUGUGUGUUGUUUCUCUCUUGAGCUCAUAGAGAGAGAGAGAGAGAGUGUGUACGUUACAUAUAUUAGUAAGAAUCUUAAGAGAUAGGAUAGGAGUAUAUAAAGAGAUAGCAUUGCGUGAGAGAUGCAGCAGCACCUGAUGCAGAUGCAGCCCAUGAUGGCAGCUUACUAUCCCAACAACGUCACCACUGAUCACAUUCAGCAGUACCUGGAUGAGAACAAGUCCUUGAUUCUGAAGAUUGUUGAAAGCCAGAAUUCUGGCAAGCUGAGCGAGUGUGCCGAGAACCAAGCAAGGCUACAGAGAAAUCUCAUGUACUUAGCCGCAAUUGCCGAUUCUCAACCCCAACCACCCACCAUGCCUGGUCAGUACCCUCCCAGUGGGAUGAUGCAGCAAGGAGCACACUACAUGCAGGCUCAACAAGCGCAGCAGAUGACACCGCAGCAGCUGAUGGCAGCGCGGUCCUCCCUCUUGUACGCGCAGCAGCCAUACUCGGCCCUUCAGCAGCAGCAAGGCAUGCACAGCCACCUCGGCACAAGUUCAGGACUUCACAUGAUGCAAAGUGAAGGCAACAAUGUGAAUGUGGGGUCAGGCAGUUCAUCAAUAGGUGGUUCUGGAGGGUUUCCUGACUUUAUCCGCGGCUCCACAGGGGAGGGUUUGCACAGUGCUGGAAGGGGCAUGAUUGGAAGUAGCAAGCAGGAUAUUGGUGGUUCAGGUGACGGCAGAGGGGGAAGCUCUGGUGAAGGCGGUGAAACCCUUUACCUCAAAUCCGCUGAUGAUGGAAACUAGUAGCACCUAAAUGGCUAAAAUCACUGCUAGCUUUUGUUAGUUCAUUAGUUAGGAGAACUAGGCAAUGAUAUCAAGGGUAAGUAGCUAGGUGAAAAACAUGCUGCUGCUUAUAUAAUGUUUUGUUUAUGAUCUUGUGCUUGAGGCAAACCCUUGCCUUGAUGUUUCUACAGUUCUAAUAACAUAGCACAUCAUCUAGUUCGUUUUUGCUAAAUUAAUUUGUGGUCCCAUAA